AAAAAGAUAAGAUGGUUGUCUUUCAGAAUUCAAGAGGUAUUGACAAAAUUUGACAGCUUAAGAGAAUGCAAUCUGGCUAAAUAAUGGAAGAGUCUGAGAGAGACUUGUCGUGUCAAGGAAUAGAAAGGCAAGUGACUGGAACGACGCCUGGUUUUGCCAAAGUAGCAUCGGGGAAAUCCGGAUACUGCGAAGACUGCGUCGUGGACUCAAGUGUCAGUGCCGUCAGUCGCUCUCCCCUGGACGAUGACAGUAGGCAAGACAGUGCUGACGAUGAAGAACCGAUGAAAAUACUGUGCGAACCUGACAGAAGACAGGUUAAACUGACAACAGCAUUGCCGCUGACAGGGCGCUCAAACAGAAACCAAACGAAUAGCGGAAGCGGGACGAGUGGAGGGCAGCCACGGACGGUGACCACAGAGUUAGACAGGACACCGUCAGUAACUGUAACUGGUGAUGGUCAGCGGCAGAAAUCAGGCAAACAAACUCGCGCCAACUCCAGGACAGAUACCAUUGUCAUCCAGUACAAUAACAGGUACCUCCGCUCAUGCCCCGGCAUCUUCAGGGUGCUGCAGGUGUCCUUAUCAAUGAUCUGUCUGAUCAGUCUGACCACAUCUGGAUCUGGGAAAUAUGAGAGCUACCUUCUCUUACCCUUGAGCUGGCAUUUUCGUAUCAUGGUUUUUGUGUUGGUAUUGACCAUUCUGACAAGCCUGGUGAUGUUAGUGACCUAUACGACAGGCCUUAUCACCACGUUCCCACUCAAUUGGCCUCUACUGGACCUGGUACUGUAUGGUACAUUCACUUUCCUGUAUCUGGUAGGCUCCUCUCUUGUGGCCAGUGCUUUUGACUUCUACCAGAAGAUGGGAACAGACGUUCCAGAACAGACAAUUAGGCGUCUAGUGUUAUGUGUGGUGCUGGGUUACAUGGCCAUGUUCCUUUACCUGGCUACUGCUGUCCAUGGUUACAAGAAGUGGAGGUGGCUGGAGCUGCAUCAGUUCAGGCGACAGAGGCUAAUGGAGGCAGAUGAGAUAGCGUAAUUAAUACUGCACCAGGUUCUCUGUUAACCUACAUGUACCAGGCACAUUUCUCUCUUUAGGCCAAACAAGUGGAACUUGUGCAGUUCUCGAGUUAGGUCAUGGUGACUACAGAGUGACAUCCAUGUGGAUGAUGACACAUUGCCACCGUUUGGCACAGAAAAGCUACCGGCUGAAUAUCAUUACAUUUGCAGAACUUGGCACACAAACCCACCAAAGAUGUAGCAUUAAUCUGAUCCUGUAUAGUUUUCUUUAUUUUACAUACAUCUACAACUCAUGUUAAAAUGGGCACAUUGACCUUAUACUAUUUAAUAAAGCAAUGUCACUACCCCAAAGGGACAUUACUCUGUUGUCAUAAUGUCAUAUUUUGAAACCUGCAUAUAAUGGGGUCUGUCUCACAGCUAUGUGUGUCCUGAGGUUCAGGUAUAUUCAUUUACAUGAAAGCGGUGGCACUGGACCAACGUUGUUGUUUUUUGUCAUGGGGUAAACAAAGUGUUGACCUGCACUGUAGUUUGAAUCUAAAUACUAACCUUGACUUGCCUCUGUGUAACCAGUAUUAUUGCAUUUAGAUGAGCUUUUCAAUUUUUAGAACGAGAAAGUUAAUGGGUAACUAUUUUGGCAGUAUUGCCGUAUAAAAGCUCUUCUGACUGUGUGACAGUUCUAGUCUUUUGGUGCAGUGGUAUCAUGAGAAGAUAUUUAAUGUAUGUAUGUAUUACAUAAAGUUUACUUAAAAUGAGUUAUGAAUACAGGUACCUUACAUUUCAUUUCAUGGUACUAAAACUUUUAAGAGAUUUGCUCAUCCUGGUAUAUUUGAAACUAUUGUUAAAGUAAAGGUGUAUAUCUGCUAGUCAUACACGCUGAGUGAUAUGUAACACUGUCACAUAUAUAUGGGGGGUGGGGUGGGAUUUAAACAUACCCUCUACAUUAAUUUAGAAAAACAUUGACUCAUUCCACUAUGAUACAUGUUGUUUUGUUACUUUUUAUUUUUGGGAAUUUUAAAACAUAUAUAUUUUAUUUUAAAAAAGCAUUUGUAUAUGUCAUUAACAUUUAUAUAUCGUCACUGUUUGACGGGCAUGUCGUUGAAAACCAAAGAUCUGAGUUUUUGCAUGUCUUGUGUAAAAAGCGGUAAAGAAUGCUGAGUACCUGUAAAUGUUAACAUUGAUCUACGUAAUUGUAAGUGAAUAUAAAGUAAUCCUCUAAAUAUUAAUAUUCUUGAAGGACAAAUUCAUUUUAUUUAUGUUAAAUCAGUAAAAUUAAUAACCUAAUAUUGAUUUGAUACCUUUGUAUUGAGUUCCUUGCAACCACCUGUCAUUGAUCCAUACAUCUCUUGAAUGUAGGAAUGAAAAAUGUUCAAAAAAGAGGCCAAAUCCUAUCAGCAUAUACACUCACCAUCAACUGAACAUUUUUGGCCAAGUUUCUUGCCAUUUUGAAAUUAUCAUGAUGUUUGUAGAGUAAACCUGGAGACUUUAAGGCCAGAAAAGAUGCCUUGGUUUCACCUUUGCGUAUUAAUACAUUUGAAACUGUACUUCACCUUUAAUGUACAUCCUUGAUGCCUAUACAUCAGUUGAGACUGUAGUCAUAUAAAUGGGAAAACAUUGCCUCCUUGGUUUCCCAGAGCAAAGAAAAACACCAAAAAAGAUAUGUUUCCAUUUUUCCUCAGAAGACAAAAAUUUGCCUGUUCAGACUAACCAAAUUGGGGUUCUGUUAAUACAGUACAAUAUACAUUUACAGUUUACAGUUUAAAUUAAUGCAUGUUCCAUGAUAGAUGUAUGUGUACCUGCUUAGUUUUGUAUUAACCAGUGAAUAAUAUAACAGUUAACACUUUAUCAGAGCAAUUAUACCUGUGCUGUGGUAUGGCAUUUACAACAUUAUUUUGACACAUCAUUAUUUUAGUGUUGUUUGUGAAACUAGUCAAUAUGCGAGGUUUGAAAUUCAGUGUUACAACAUCAUGGUGGAAUUCCUUUGUGCCAUGACGUCUCUUUAUGGCUACAGAGGGCUGAUAGUGCAUCUUAAAAAGGGCGGGCACAUUUUUAUAAAGUAAUUAAUAUUAUCUAUGAUUCAUGACUUAUUUCCGGAAAUAUUUAGAUUAUUAGUAAUUCAAUAAAUUAUAGUUAUAUUUCAUGGAUAAUAUUUAACGCUGUAUAUACCCACCCAAGUUGAAAUGCACAAAGCUGCCCGCUUUUCAUUGUAAUGCUCAGUGUGUGUAUAUAGUCAGAUGAUAGCUAUAAUCAGUGUAAAUAUUUGUGUUGUGUAUUAUACUUGUCAUCCCCAUGGUCUUCCAGUGAACUAAGUCUUGUUCCUGUAGUAUAUUGUAUUCUGAUUGUAUAUAUUACUCUUCAAGUACUGAACAUGAAUCUGGACAAACUACUGUGUGGUUAAGGCUAUUCCUUCAGGUUUACCAACGUAAAAAAAAAGUGCAUUUUAGAGGCAAAUAAAAGAAACUAAUAUUUUCCCAGUGGCAUAUCAUACUACCUGUACCUAAUCCAAGCAAACUUCAGAAAGACUUGCUAAGAUCUACAGACCUCUCAAAAUCUAGUACAAUUGGUAACUUUGUCGUGGAUGAUAUUUUAGAUAAAAUACCUGGACAAGACGUUUUCUUUGCUGAUGUUUUGCCAUCAGUCAGCAGCAUUUCAGGACAGCAAGUAUUACUUUCAGGUUCAUUAAUAAGUUAUCUACCCUUGUAUGUUUUUUUAUUUAUUUAUGCAAUAGAGUUGUUCAGUAGCUGUAAAACAUCGCAGUAGUUUAUGUUUGAGAUGUUAUAUUUUAUUUCAUUGUAGUUUUCUUUGUUGGAGUAGACUCAUGGUAUAGAUAUGAAACCAUUUGUUUCAGACUCUUCACUUUAUUCUCAGAGAAUUGUCUUUAUUAUUUGAUUCCAUUGUGUUUAAUGCCAUACUCUGGUUUGUAUGACGGCUGUCCAGUUUAUGUGUGGAGUAAAGCCGAGUAAACCUGAUCACUAGUCCUCCAGUACAGCCCUGCAUUUAUUUUUAAUGGAUAGCCUUAAAGGGAUACAGAAUCAGUUACAUUGUGAUUGGCUGGUGUGAGUGAUAAGCAAGUCCAGGCUAUGUCUGCCGGAGCUGAAUUUUAGGUAUGGCAGAUUUCUUCAAGUGUGACCAAGGCCCUAGUGUUUAACCCAGAAAACCCUAAUCUUCACUGUCAGCAAAUCAGCGUCAGUUCUGUAUCUCUUUAAGAAAGGAAUAUGGUAAUGUCUUACAUUUCUAAUGAGAAAAUGGUUUUCAGAACAUGCCACGUUUCAAGCUAAUAAUUGCUUGUGGAAAUACUAGAAUAUCAUGUAAUGAUUAAUAAUCAUAAAUAUUUGCCGUGAAUUAUUCAUGUCAUCAUAGGAAUGAUGAUCAGUUUUUCUCCUUACACAAAACCAGAGUGAGUGUAGUACAACCAUACAUCUUAGGCAAGUAAUAAACAAACUUGUCUACCUGUGUGAUGCACAGGUGUUCAUUGUCUGAGACUAUAAUGUAUGCGAAUUCAAUCUUGCAUGUGGUGGUGUAAUGUAAACGAUAUCCAACCAUCUGAAUCAUGUCCUGUGAUCUGUGAAAACCACCGGCCACCUGGUCCCCAAGAGCCAACAGAGGCAUAGAAAGUCAAAAACCAAAAUCUUGUGUGUUCUACCAAUUUUUUAAUGGAUUAUAUGAUGAAGAUAACAUUAUUAUAGCAUUUCCUGUUAUUUUAAAACAAUCCCAGUGUUAGAACUGCAGUUUCCUGAGAGUGAAUGCUAUUGUUAAUGGUUACAAAGUUAAAUGUUAAUUGGAUUACCGGUAUUUCAUUUUUCAGGUAAUGCAGCGUUAAACAUUUUCAUUCAAUCUUGACAGUCUUCAUAUUUAUCAGUAUCAGUUGGAAUCUCAAAAACUUAUGAAUUAUGUUGUAGCUUUGUCAAAGGCUUUUGCGUCUCCAGUACAUGUGUAUAACUGCUGACUGUGAUGGCUUUAAGUAUGGAAUUGUAUAUUCCUGUCAGUUCUUUGAUCAGUGUAAUCAUGAAAAUGAAUGUUAUACAUUAUAUUCUUUUUAUGUUGAGAACAAAUAAAUA